CAUGCAUUCAUUUAAUUGAUGUCAACACGACACGAUGGAUGCGAUGCACCCAUGCCAUGUGUGUACGCGAGUCCAGCCGGCGAGACCAUGCGAUGCAAGCAAGACAGUCAGUGUCCAAACACACACACACACGCACGCACACGCACAUACAUCAUUCCACUUGUAGUAUCUCGGUAGGCUGCACAGACUGACUGACAGGGAGAGAGGAAGAGGCAUAGAGCCCUCAGAAACACACCACACACCUCUGCCUGUACCCACACCACACCACACAACACGCAUCUGUCUAUCUACCUGACUGCACGCGUGUCCGUGUCAGCGUCUGCGUUAUCAUUCUCUUCCUAUGAUGACGAAGAAGCCCAUCGUCCCAACCAGCACGAACUUCAACCUGUGGUGCACAGACCAGACCAGACAGGCAUACAGCCAAGCACAUCACAUCUUCGCCCUUUGUGUGCGUGUCGGCUGGCACACUGCUGACCAUGGGUAGUCGUUGAGCCAUAUUGUAACCAUCCCCACGUACGGCAAGAACCUGUGCAGAUGACACGACCAAAGGAACCAAACACAUGUGCUGCCUGGGUCGAUUGCGGGGUGUGCGGUUCUGGUUUGGUUGCUUUGUCGUGUGUGGUGUGUCAUACGCGAUAGCUCUGCCCAUGAUGUCGCUUUUGUUUAGCCACAGCUGGCCCGGUGCAUAGAGCCCCCGGUCAUCCACGUCGUUGUUGUCACCCUUGGUCAGGAUCUUGACAUCACCCUUGCCCCUGACAACCCAUCAGCAACACACUCUCACAGAGUGGUGUCAUCCCUCCCUCCCUCCCUCUGUGAAUGGUCACGUACGUUUCGUGCACUUCGAGGACUCUGUGUACGAUGGGAAUGUCGCGGCCCUUGAUCUUGAACACCACCACAUCGCCGGGUAGCACGGGUGUGUCGGGGUUGUUGAGGAACAAGAUGUCACCGCGAUAAAAACCCGGCUCCAUGCUCCCACUGAAUGACAUGGCAGCACAAACAGACAACACAUGUGCUGUGCCGUGCUGUGCCGUGCUGUGCCAUGCUGUGCCAUGGCUGGUGCGAGGAAGCUGUUCUGACCUGAGUACGACGACCACAGGCGACUCUGAGCCGGUGAUGACCAUGAGGCCCUUCCAAAGCAUUAAGGCAGAGAAGACGAUACAACACAGAUUCAAGAUCUGCUGCACAAACUGCACACACAAGCAGCAACAGACAGACAAACAGACAGACAGACAGAGACAACCGACAGACAGUCGUUCACUUGUUCUUGCAUCGGUGGCCUGCCGAGAUCUGAUCUCACCUGCCGUGGUUUGCUGAACAGCGCCCGGAACUCAUCCCAGUACUGACGCACCGUGUCCAUCAUCCUCACUCACACAGUCACACCGCCUACAGAUCCCUGCUUCUCGUCUUCACGCUCAGUUGGCUACCUCAUCGCAGGCACGAACGAACGCACACCCAAGCGUUUCUUCA